AUUUACUUGCGGUCACACUGCCAGCUUCUUGGGUGUAGAGAAAUUUCGUGAGCGCAGGCAACAACAGAAGCAGAAACUAUAAAAAUUAUCGCAUUUUUCGCAUAGCCGAUGCUGUCUAGAGCUGCGGGGGUGUGUGUGUGAGCGCCGGAACAACGACAACGAACCAGAAGGUUGACUAAAACGCUACAGAAUGUGGAGCAAAGCCUCAGAAAAUCGUGCCAUCAUCAAAUCUCAGUGAGUGCGCGUCUGAAAAAAUCAAUCGGUUCGGGGGUUUUUGUUGCAGGGCGGCCGUACCACAACAACAAAAAUGAGCAGCGCCGCCCAGCUGACGACGUCGGGAGUCAGCAACAACAAUGCCGCCACUGACUCCAGCUCCAAUGCAAAUGCCAACGAGUCGGGCUCCAGCGACAGCAACCUAAUCAUUAUCCAGGACAUGAUUGAUCUCUCGGCCAACCAUUUGGAGGGUCUGCGCACCCAGUGCGCCACCAGUUCGAUGCUGACGCAACAGGAGAUACGCUGCCUGGAGUCCAAGCUGGUGCGCUACUUCUCCGAGCUGCUGCUGACCAAGAUACGCCUCAACGAACGCAUCCCGGCCAACGGUCUGCUGCCCCAUGCCACGGGCAAUGAGCUGAAGCAGUGGCUGCGCGUGGUGGGCCUUAGCCAGGAGUCGCUAAGUGUGUGUCUGACCAGGCUGACAACGCUGGAGCAGACGCUGCAGCUGAGCGAUGAGGAGCUCAAGCAGCUGCUGGCCGAGAACCCCAACCAGCGGGAGGAGGAGCUGCGUCGCCUGACCAAGGCCAUGCAGAAUCUCCGAAAAUGCAUGGACACGCUGGAGGCCAAUACGGCCAGCAAUAACGACCCGGAGCAAUGGCACUGGGACUCAUGGGACCGACCCAUACACAUCCAUCGCGGGAGUGUGGGAAAUAUUGGCCUGGGUCUGGGUCUGAACACCGCCUCCCCAAGAGCCCAUCAUCGACAGCAUGCUACUAAGGGGAAGAGUGGGUCAAGCAAUGCCUCAACCUCGCGCAGUGGCCGCCAAUCGCCCACAUCGAUGCCGGCGACGGCCACGGAGGACAUGACAGGCAGCACGCAGGGAUCCCAAAUGACGCUAACGCUGACGCCUUCGCCACCCAACUCCCCCUUCACACCCUCCAGUGGAACGACUGCUGUGAGCAGCAGUCUGAAUGGAACACCACAGAGGAGUCGUGGCAGCGGCACCCCACCGCCCGCCAGGAAGCACAAAACGACCCUCUUUAAUCCGGCGGGGGCGGAUAUUGAGCCGCCCGCACCACCACGCAAUCGCCUGCCCACAGACCCCAGCCCGGACAGCCAUAGCUCGGCCAGUUCGGAAAUAUUUGGCGAGAGCAGUAAUAGCAAUCCAUUGGCUUCCAUUGGGAAUUCCUCAAACGUCCUACUAGUUCCAUGCUCUCCCGGCGUGGGCCCUGUUGGGAUGGGACACACCAUCAAACAUCGGUUCACGAAACAAAUAGGAUUCAUGGCCACCUGCACACUGUGCCAAAAACAGGUCUUUUCCAGGUGGCUCAAGUGCAUCGACUGCAAGUUCAUUUGCCACAAAAGCUGUGCCCCCCACGCGCCACCUUCGUGUGGCUUGCCCCGCGAAUAUGUCGAUGAGUUUCGGCACAUCAAGGAGCAGCAGGGCGGCUACUCCACCCUGCCGCACGUGCAUGGCUCGAGCAAGGGAUCGCCGCUGGUGAAGAAGAGCACCCUGCACAAGCCACUGCAGCAGCAUCAUGGCGACAGCAGUUCGCCCAGUUCCAGCUGCACCAACUCCACGCCCAGCAGUCCGGCUCUGUUUCAUCAGCGCGAACGGGACCUGCAGGACCACGCCGGCAGCUAUGGCGGCUCGUCGGCUGGCGGCGGCAGCAGUUCCAGUGCCAAUCUCCUGCUCACUCCCUCCCUCACCAAGCACCAUCAGCAGCAGAGUCAAUUCAACUUUCCCAAUGUGACCAUCACCAGCAGCAGCGGCGGCGGCGGAGGAAACACCGGCAGUGCCUCGCAUAAUGUGCAAACCCUCAUCUCCAACGAGACCCUGUCGGAGUAUCAGGCAGCUCCCCCUUCGUUGGUAAACAGCAUGAAUGGUGGCGGAUUAAUGGACAGCCUGGUUAACAGCUCCAACGGCCACAUUAGCUCGCUAAUCCACAGUCAAGUGUCGAACGCCUCGAAUGCCACAACUAGUCUAGUGAACUCUACGACCACCACGAGCACUACGAGCAGCUUUUUUCCUCGUAAACUGAGCACGGCGGGCGUGGACAAGAGGGCGCCCAACACCAGCGAGUACACAGACACCCAUAAGUCGAACGACAGCGAUAAGACCGUAUCGCUAACGGGCAGUGCCAGCACGGACUCAGAUCGCACACCCGUGCGUUUGGACUCCACAGAGGAUGGGGACUCGGGCCAGUGGCGACAGAACUCAAUAUCACUCAAAGAGUGGGAUAUACCCUAUGGGGAUCUGCGGCUGUUGGAACGGAUUGGCCAGGGGCGCUUUGGCACCGUCCAUCGAGCGCUGUGGCACGGCGAUGUGGCGGUGAAGCUGCUCAACGAGGACUACCUACAGGACGAACAUAUGCUGGAGACGUUUCGCAACGAGGUGGCUAACUUCAAGAAGACGCGGCACGAGAAUCUGGUGCUCUUUAUGGGCGCCUGCAUGAAUCCGCCGUACCUGGCCAUUGUCACAUCGCUGUGCAAGGGCAACACCUUGUUCACGUACAUCCAUCAGCGACGGGAGAAGUUCGCCAUGAACCGAACGUUGGUGAUUGCCCAGCAAAUAGCCCAGGGUAUGGGCUAUCUGCAUGCACGGGACAUCAUACACAAGGAUCUGCGCACCAAGAACAUAUUCAUUGAGAACGGCAAAGUGAUCAUCACGGACUUUGGCCUCUUCAGCUCCACCAAACUGCUGUACUGUGAUAUAGGCUUAGGAGUACCCCACAACUGGUUGUGCUACAUGGCCCCGGAGCUGAUACGUGCCCUAAUGCCAAAGAAGCCGAAGGGCGAGUGCCUGCAGUUCACCUACUAUUCGGAUGUCUACUCGUUCGGUACCGUCUGGUACGAGCUCAUUUGCGGCGAGUUUACGUUCAAGGAUCAGCCGGCCGAAUCGAUUAUCUGGCAGGUGGGACGCGGCAUGAAGCAGUCGCUGGCCAACCUACAGUCUGGCCGUGAGGUCAAGGAUCUGCUGAUGCUGUGCUGGGCCUACGAAAAGGAGCAACGCCCCCGGUUUGCCCAACUCUUGUACAAGCUGGAGCAAUUGCCCAAGAAGCGACUGGCUAGAAGUCCCUCGCAUCCCGUCAAUCUAUCCCGCUCCGCGGAGUCUGUGUUCUGAGGCGAGCCGACAGCUUGGGUUCUAUUAACUAUUGCAACUACAACUACUACGAGUAUCUAGUACAAUUAAAGAGUACCAUUUCAAUGUAAGCUGCUGUGUAAAAAAUGUAUAUGUCAAAUGUCUGUCUCGCCCACUCCUUUACGAGUAUGUAUGCUCCUCUAUACAAGGACUCCUCUCUUAAGCAAGUUCAAAUAUAUGCAACAAUGUGUGUGUUAAGCAAAGAUUGUAAAUACCUACAAAUAUCAGAGAACAAAAUUAUAACAAAAACAAAGUAAGAAAAUUUAAAAAUUUAAAAAAGUAUAAAACAUACGUAAUAUUGAAUGCAAAAAGAAUUGGGAAGAAAAGAAAAGAAAAGCAGGAAAAUACACAAAAAUGUUAACUUUGAAAAAGACAAGGACGUUUAAAGGUUGAAAGGGAUAAAAGUAUAGUAGAAGUAUAUAGGAUCUAGUAAAGUAAAUCGAAAGAGCACUGUGUGGCAAAAUAUCUAAAUGUAAAACGUUGAAAUCAGGUGAGCAAUUUCUAAAUUGUUAAUUAUGUAUAAGCAAAGCUAUAUUCUAUCUAUAUAUGAAUAUAAAACGAUAUAUGUAUGUGUGUGUAUAUACAAGUAUAUGUAUAUGAGAGAUACUAGUAUUUAAAUCAAAUAUUGUGCAGAAAUGUAUGUAUAUAGCUAAACGGAGUUUAAAUGCAAAAUUAAGCAUAAAUGUCAAAUAAACUUAUCACUACAACCAAA